AUGGAAAGCAGCAGCGGGAAGAUGGAAAAGUGGCAAAAGAUGGAGAAAGAGAACAAAGAAGUGGGGCAGAAGGGCAGGCACGAGGGGGGCAGGGCGCUAAAAGCCGGUGGAUAUUUGCAUCAGCAAUGGAAAAAACACGCGAGCGAAAUCAGCGUGAAGAUGGAAAAGGCGAAGAUGGAAAAGUGGUUCAAGAUGGACAAAGAAAAGAAGGAAGUGGGGCAGAAGGUGGAAAAAGCAGAAAAAGGCAAGAACGUGGAAGAGGAAGAAGGACAGGAAGGAAGCGUGGGAGAUGGAAAGCAGCGGGAAGAUGGAAAAGUGGCAAAAGAUGGAGAAGAGAAGAACGAAGUGAGGGGGAGAAAGGGGAAGGAGGGGGGAAAGCAGCGCGGUGGAACAAGGAGGAAAGAGAAGGAAGAACGCUUGAAAGGGACCCUUGUCUGCGAAAUCGUCGUCGUUGGCCUAACCUUCGCGCUUUGCAUGGCGGGCGUGCUGCCACUGCCCUGGAUUCUGGAUAUAACGGUCGACGGGGUGCAGUACAAUCUUCCGGUUGCUCCUUGGCUGGUCCUGACCAGCUUCUUCGCAUUCGUUGUUGGCCUUCUGUCCUAUCCUCACGUGCCCCAGUGCAUGGGCGUGCCGGACAUCUGCUUCUGGGACGCUGCUUGCAUCAACCAGACAGAUGUGGACGAGAAGAACCAAGGUAUCUACGCCAUUGCUGAUUUCUUGCGAGUCUCUAAAGAGCUCCGUGUCCUGUGGAGUCCGCCGUACCUGUCAAGGCUUUGGUGCGUUUUCGAGCUGGCAGCGUACCGCAAGGCCAAUCCGAAUGGCCAAGUGAGCGUCACACCAGUCUUCAUCGAAUUCACAGUGCUGAUCUGCGUGUUGUCCAAUUAUGGUGUCAGCUUUGUUUUCUUGACGAUCCGAGUUCACAGCGUGUCCGGCUUGGGCUUUCUCAUUCUGAGCCUGCUGGCUGGAACUGUCCCGAUACUUCUUGCUCUGCACUACCUGCGCUGCUUGAAAGGGGGAAUGGAAGUUUCGGAGUACCUCCUGGUGAUGGACACCGCCUUCUCGAGGCACUAUGAUAGAAGGUUUGUUGAGGAGGUCGGUGAAAUCAGGGGCGAAAUGGAACGAAGACUUCGGGGAUACCAAAGGGUUCGUGGUGAUGCGAUCAUUGCCAGGAUGGGUACCCCCACUCUCAACGAGAUUGAGGAGAUGUCUGACUGGUCUCUGCAACAAAUACGGCGCCGAUGGCUUCAUGACCACUGCCCGGUGGCAAUGGCCAACAUGGAGUUUGAAGCAACCCUGGCAGCACAUGGAUUCCAUGCUGUCACCACCUCGGCGGAGAAAUUGCAUCGCGAAUGUCAAGAACGUGACCGGCAAUCUCGGUCACGCACUCCGCACCGUCGUGGCCGUGAAACGUGGCGAGCAGAAGCACGACCUCGAGGGUUGCCGGAUCAGACGGGGGAUGUUGUGGGUCUCUUCCAGCUCCCUCCGGGCGGACAAUCACGAUGGGAACGGCUGGUGGAACAGAUGUGGAGGUGGUUUGAGGAGGAUCGGGCCAUCGGCAUGGCUAUAUGCAUGGUAAGAUCCCAAGCUGUUGCACGACGGGAACCUGACUACGAGAGUUGGGUGAUGGGUCCGAUCGCUACACUGGGGGCAGGGUUCCCUAACUCUGCGGGCUUGGACGAAUCUACCACCCCGGCAAACUUCUUCUCAUGGGCACAGGAAAUCGAGACUCAUCUUUAUGGGUACUACAUGGCCUCCAGGGAUGCUGAAGAGGAGGAACAACACGCAGGGGCCAAUGUCUCGGAGGACGCUGUCAGCAGGAUGGAGAGGGACAGGUACAGCCAUGGGCGACGCAGGGUUCGGGACUCAAGAACCCCACGGAGAUCGGGACAAACAGGCGCAGGCAGUGGAGGACGUCGACCGAGGCAGGAUGAUGCUGCUUACUCGGGAAAGGAAGCGAGGCUGAACCGCAUCAGAGAGCGGGCAGCCAGGAGAGGGGCCAGUACGGCCUCUCCUCAUGCCAGGGCUGGGGGUGAAGGGCGAUGCCACGAGCCUGCAUCUGGGUCACGGGACCCGGCACCGUCCUCCUUGACACUCAUUCCAAGACCUACCAUUGCAGGGUUCCCUGAUGUCACACAACCUAUGUCUUCUGACCAGGCUGUCAACCUGUGGCGCUACUACCUGUUCGACCGUGAACACUUCGGACCCAGACUGGAGGGGAACUCCAGGGUACCCAGCAGCUUCCUGCCGCCCAGGAUGCUCAGGGAGAUCAGCGCGCAACAUGAGGCCAUGUCAGUACAGAACCGCCUUGUCUCGACGUGUGCCUUGGUCACCAUCCUGAGAUACAUGAUGGCGGAACUCAGUCAGACCUUGGAUGUGGCUGACGCCAUUGCCCGCACCCGAGAGGCGGAUACGGACACGGUCGAGGUGCACUUGGACGAGGAGGACGAAGACCACCUCCUCAUGCAGGCAUACCUCUUAACAGACGGCAAAGGGACCAUGGAACAAAGGUGGACGAGGGCAAUUACGCGCCUGCAUAAGGAGCUCUUGGGACAGGAUGUUGCACUUCAGCGGGUACAUGUCCGGAUGCUACAGGAAGGAAUUCCGCCGCUGAUCAAUGCAGAGUCUGGCCCAUGGGUGGCACAGCUUCAGGCACUUCGUAGCUCUGGGAGCGGAGGCAGGUGGAAGGGCGACUACGGUGGAAGGGGCCGACCUUGA